CAGCUAUAAUUUCAUUCAGCCAAUAGUCAAUAACCUUAAUUUCCUGUCACUGGACUGGUAAUUUAUCAGUUUGAUAUUUGGAGAAACCCUGUUUUAUAGCCAACAAUCUUUCCAUCUUAUUGAUGCUACUGGUGUUUGGAUACACAAUCAGCAAGUUGGCUGCCAAGCAAUAAUAUUUAGUAUUUAAUUCCAAAUUAUAAACUUAAAUGGUAUGUGUAUUCAUCAUCAUCAGAGUAAGUGAAAUUAUGUCUACAUUUAAAUGUUUAACACCAUCAGCAGUGUCAAACCAUUCCAGAAAGUUAAGUAUUUAAUAACUGAAGUAACAGACAGUAACCCUACAGCAAGUGUUCUAUGAUCUACAUCAUACACUGGAAAACUGUUGUUAGGCAAACAGUAGGCCCUCUGGGGGAGAGGGAGGAGCAUCACGCAGGUAACAAACAUCACGUACACCUUUGCAAUUCUACACCUGAGCUUCUCAGCUGAUGAGCUGCUUGUCGAAGCCAAUGGUUUAUUGUUCUGCACGAUCGAGACUUGAUUAUUAUCAACCAGACAGAUGGACGAUGGACAGCCACCAGAUGGAGUGGAGCCAAACAAAGGCCAAAAAGAGGAGGGGAACAGUUUGGACUGGCUCCUUGGAAAGGACAGCCCAGAGAUCAUUCCUGCACCUAUGGAUACCAACGUCUCAAUAUCUGGACAGUAUAAUACCAGUGUUGACUGUGCGUACAGUAGUGCAUUCACCAGGGAGAGAAUCUUUGAAGCAGCAUCUCUGGGAGACCCAGCUCAACUUUACGGCCUGCUUGACUUCCUGCGAGUUAAUGAUAAGCAACUUACAAGCCCAGAAUUCACAGAUGAAACAAAUGGGAAAACUGCACUCCUGAAAGCUUUGCUGAGCCUCAAGGAUGGCAAAAAUGACACAGUCGAAGUCCUCCUUGAAAUAGCUGAGAAAACUGGAGAUUUAAAAAAAUUAAUCAACGCAUCUUACAAAGAUCCUUACUACAAAGGUCAGACAGCCUUGCACGUUGCCAUUGAGAGAAGAAGCUUUGACCACGUGAAACUGCUGGUCCAGAAAGGAGCAGAUGUGCAAGCCAAAGCAAAUGGGAAGUUCUUCCAGCGAGAUGCAGGGCUCGGCUUUUAUUUUGGAGAGCUCCCUUUAUCACUGGCUGCCUGCACCAACCAGCCCAACAUUGUGUUGUUCCUGAUGGAAAACCCUUACAGAAGAGCUGAUGUGUCUGAGAAAGACUCACAGGGAAACACAGUCUUGCACACUUUGGUGGUCAUAGCAGACAAUACGGCAGAAAACACAGAUAUGAUUGCAAAGAUGUAUGAUGACAUCCUCAUUCAGCACAAGAGACUUGAGAAGAAAAGAGUCCAGUUGGAAGCAAUUGAAAACAAUCAAGGGUUGACUCCUCUGAAGUUAGCAGCCAAGCUAGGAAAGAUUGGACUGUUCAGGCAUAUACUGCACCGGGAAUUCACAGAUGAGGCGAUGAGGCCGCUGUCCAGGAAGUUUACAGAAUGGGUCUAUGGACCCGUUCACUCCUCACUUUAUGACACAAGCUCCAUUGACACCAACGAAGAAAACUCUGUGUUGGAGAUACUCGUCUGCGGGAGUGAAAUUCCAAAUCGCCCUGAGAUGCUCCAGAUCGAGCCUCUGCGCAGCCUCCUCGAGGAUAAGUGGGACAGGUUUGCUGCCAAAUUAUUCUUGAUGAACUUCUUGGUUUACUUGUUAUACCUGAUCAUCUUCACCACUGUGGCCUUCUACAGAAAGGAAGGACAGCCACCGUUUCCCAUCGAAGAUGUACCGCUAGACUAUUUCCGUUGCUGUGGCGAGCUUAUCAGUGUCCUUGGAGCAGUGUGGUUUUUUUAUAAAGCGGUAACUAUUUUCAAGAGGAACCCGCCAAACUUCAAGGCUCUGUACACUGAUGGCUUCUGUGACAUUCUGUUCUUCCUGCAGGCAGCACUCCUCCUGAUCUGCACCGUUUUGUACAGCUGUGGGCGAAGAGAGUACGUUGGCCUCCUUGUGAUCUCGUUGGCUCUUGCCUGGAUCAACGUUCUUUACUACACAAGAGGAUCUAAACAAAUGGGGAUGUACAGUGUCAUGAUGCAAAGAAUGAUCUUGGGUGACCUGUUAAACUUUCUAUGUGUCUAUGGUGUCUUGCUUUUUGGAUUUUCUGCUGCUAUUGUUGCUCUCAUAGAGGAUUCCUCUCCAGCUCACAGAAAACUGGCCAACGGCACACGGCCACGUGGAAGGAGCUUUGGUGACGAGCCCUUUAAGUGCAAGAAGCCGACUUACAAUGACAUCCGAUUUACAAUGCUGGAGCUGUUCAAGUUCACUAUUGGAAUGGGUGAUCUGGAGUUCACCGACCAUGUCCAGUACAAGGAAGUUUUCUACAUUCUGCUCAUCUUGUACAUAGUUCUCACUUACAUCCUGCUGCUCAACAUGCUCAUAGCCCUAAUGGGCCACACAGUCGAGCGAAUCUCUGAAGAAAGUGAAAACAUCUGGAAGCUGCAGAGGGCUUCUACAAUUUUGGACAUGGAGAGGACUCUGCCGAGGUGCCUGACAAGUAAGCUGUUCUCCGGAGUGUCAAGGAUGGUGUGUUUCAGAGGCAAGCAGGAAGAGAGUCGGAGAUUUUUCAGGGUGGAGGAAAUGAAUUGGAGACAGUGGAGGUCCGAUCUCGGUUUUAUUCAGGAGGAAGACCCUGGGGAUCAUCUGAUGAAACCACAGCCCAACAACCAGACUCCUGGCAGUCUGUGGAGCCUCAGUCCACUCUGGGGGAGGAUUCGUGCUAGACGUCACCAACUGCAGCUUUCCAGCAAUCUUGAGGUUCAUCAGCACAUUACAAUCUAAAGUUGAGAUCUUGAAUUUAAAAUAAUAAGGCUAGAGUGGAUUUUUUUUAUACUACAUUUGAUGUUCUACCAAACUAUAAUCUAUAGACUCUAAUUUACUCCAAUAUCCUUUUUACGAAUUUAACUACUGUUUGCAAAAAGUUCAUUCCUGUAGAAUUUAGUGCAAUUACUAUAAUAUAUAUAUAUAUAUAUAUAUAUAUGUAUUUAAAUCAUCUUGACUAUCUUUAAGUGACAAAGACAUUCAGUCACAAAAGCCUUGUGUUUGAAAACUUUAUUUUGGUUAGGGGGAAUGUUUGUGCAAGACAUUUUAUUCCUGAAGGUUAGGCAAAACUGGAAUAUCACAUUUUCACAAAGUAGAGAAAGUAUGCCCCCCUCCACCACCGUUCACAACACUGUAAGUCUUUGAUAACCAAAGACAAUCAUGUUCAUUGGAGUGAAAAUAAAUCUAGAGAGAGUGGUCAUGUGCCCCCAGUACAUAUUGCCAUCUGAGUCAACUGACGAGGCGAGCUACAGUGUGCUUCAGCAAAUUAGCUUCUUACAGUGCUUACUGACAUGUUUCUGAAAUUGUACACAGUUCUGCUAAGGACAACAUCUGAAUCUUGCCUGGAUACUGUGCAGACAGGAAGCACUCGCUCUAGAUUUUUUUUUUUUUUUAAUGCUCGGUUCACAUCUUCACACUUUCACUUGACGAGAUUUUCUUUAACCGUCCAAACGAGGGCAGCAGCUCUCCUUUAUGUCACCAGGCUGUUGCUCAUCAGAACAUAACGAGUUCCCAAAACAAGCUUGCCGAGGCGUUUCGGCCGGGUGGUUACAGAGAGGGACGCUUGGUCACUUUGGUCAGUGAGUCAGCAGCAAACAGUUCACACAUCCUGACAGAGUCUAGGAAUCGUGGCACACUUCAGGACUUCAGUCCAUGACACAGUAUCAGUAGUUAUGCUAAGUAGCUUGGUCCCCCGUCAGAAAUUAACUUUGUGCACCGCUGCCAAGCGCGCACACCUGUGUGCAAGUACCCAAGCUAAACAUACACACACUCAAACACCCAUUCACGCUUUUCUCCAUACUAAGCCCAGUGGAGGCACUUCAUAUGAGACUGUAGAACCUGACGAUGUGGGGCUGUAACGAGGCAGCUCAAAAUAAACAGGGCAGAUCUGUCAGUUUUAGUGUUGAUUUAAGGAACCCCCAGACAGGCCUGGAAGAUGACUGUGGGUUAGACUGCUGAAAAUCACUCUUUGAACACUGGUCAGCUGUUAAAUAUUUAGAACAAUCUCCAAAUAUGUCUGCUAGACUAAACCAAAUUCACCAGCAUGUCAGUGGUGGCGGUUUUUGCCCUGCGCCCAUCCUAUAAACAGGAACUCCUUUUCAUUGAUACAGCCCAUACAUUACUAUUCAUACACACACACACACACACAAACCAUACUAGUGUGUGUUAAGAUUAAAGUCAAUAGCAGCUUUUAAGGGGCAGGCACGUCAAAAAUGAGAGCCAGAAAAA